CGUUCUCGGUCGCCGCUUUAGCGUCAGUUUUCAAGCUCAACUGGCACCCAACGGGUCGCUCUUCUUCACUCCUCCCUUGCCGGUGUAUCGAGAGUUAUUUUUGACGAACUACACCUCUUGAUAUGACACAUAAGCUGUCUUAUCUUAAAUAAUUCGCGGUGUUGAUAAGAGUGUCACGAUAAAAAGCAUUAAUGCUACUGUGACCAUUGUUCUACGCAAUUCGUCUCUUAGUCCAGUUAUAGAAGAGUGAAGAGUGAUUUGCCAAAAGUAGUGUAAAAAAAGGAGGAAGAUGGAGCAAAAUUCGAGAAACCAUGUGGGAGUACAAUCCAACAAUCCCGGAGCUCGCGUGUAUGCAGCAAUUGUUCUGAUAUUUGAUCUGUGCGUGAUCUUUGCGCAAUGGACGUACUUCGUCUUCGAGGGCAUUUAUCAGCUCUUCAAACCCCCGACAGAGAAAUCUGUGUCCGGAGACAUUGUCCUCAUCACAGGCACUGGCCAUGGGAUUGGCAGGGAGCUGGCACUCCAGUACUCCGCUCUGGGAGCCACUGUUGUCUGCUGGGACAUCAACGAGGAGGGCAACAAGGAAACUGUCUCGGAGAUUCGCGCCCGCAAAGGAAAGGCCCAUGCGUACGUGUGUGACGUCUCGAGACGCGAUGCAAUCCUCGAGGUGGCCAAGAAGGUGAAGACGGAAGUUGGAACUGUAACGAUCUUGGUGAACAAUGCCGGCAUCAUGCCCUGCCAUCCAUUUCUGCAGCACAGCGAGGCGGAAAUCCGGAAGAUCUUCGACAUCAACGUGCUGGCGCACUUUUGGAUGAUGCAAGCCUUCCUCCCGGACAUGAUCAAGAACCACGGUCACAUCGUGUCACUCUCCUCCAUGGCGGGCAUUGUUGGUCUCCAGAAUCUCGUGCCAUACUGUGGCUCCAAGUUUGCCGUCCGCGGACUCGCUGAGGCGAUGAACGAAGAGUUGCGGAUGCAGGGAAUGGUGGAGAAGAUCAAAUUCACGACCAUCUAUCCCUACAUGGUGGACACUGGCCUAUGCAAGAAGCCCUACAUGAGAUUCAAGAACCUUAUGAAGCUCAUCCGCCCCGAUGAGGCCGCUGCGGCCAUAAUUUCCGCCCAGAGACGCGAACUCGUGGAAGCAUCCAUUCCCAAAUACCUCCUGUACCUCAACGGAUUCACACGCUUGUUCCCCAUCAAGUGUGGUGUUCUCCUCAAGGAUUUCUUCAACAGCGGCGUGCACUCUGACCUGACUGAGGAAACAAAGUAGCUCCAUGAAGCUGGGUGAUAAUGUAACUUUGGGAUUUAACUAGAAAGGGGGGCAUUAAAAUAGUUUCUACAGUGUUGCAUAGAUUAUGAUUUUCUGGCAGUAUGAAGAAGUGUAGAUGUAUUCUUUUGAUGAUUUUUUCUAAAUAAAGCGUGUAAAAGUA